GUAGAGCCGGGGGAGGUCCCCAUGGCCCCUAUAGAGCCAGGAGGGGGGUCCCCAUGGCCCCUAUAGAGCCGGGGGGGUCCCCACGGCCCCUAUACAGCACAUGGGGAGCUUUCUCUCAAUGGGGAUAAGCCACGCCCACUACUCCCGGGUGAGGCCACGCCCCCAAAGGGGCCACGCCCCCAAGGCGAUUGACUCACCCGGUGAAGCUCCACCCCCCCGACCGAGGCCCCGCCCCCUGGCCCCACAUCUCCCCAGCGGCGUGGGCGGCCAAUCAGCGGGCGGAGGCGGUGGGCGGGUCGCGCCGCCAUUGGCCGUCCGGGCGGCGGCGCGAUCCCAUUGGCCGCGAGGGCGGGGGCGCGGCGAGGGUGAGCGGCGGCGGGCCGGCGGGGCGCGGGAGAGCGGCGAGGCGCGGCUGCAGCGUUGCCAUGGAGACGACGGCGCACCCCUAUUGGCCGCGCUCGCUGGCGUUGCCGGGUUACGUGGCCAGCGCGCGGCCCGGCUGGCAGUGCGCAGGCGCGGUGGCGGCGGCGGGGGCGGGGCUGGUGGCGCUGGGGUGGGCGCUGGGCGGGGGCGGGGCUUCGCGGAGCCCCGCCCACCGCCUGGCGCUGGGCUGGUUCCUGAUGUGCACCGGCAUCCACGGGAUACUGGAGGGAUACUUCAGCCUCCGGCACCGGGAGCUGCCCGCCGACACCGGGCUGCUGGCCGACGUCUGAGUGAUGACUUCACGGUUGCCAUGGAGACGGUGACAGCCUGGGCCUGGGGCCCGCUCAGCUUCCUCACCUUCCUCGCCUUGCUCCGCCACCACCCAACCCGCUACGUCCUGCAGCUCCUCGUCUCCCUUGGGCAGCUCUAUGGGGACGUGCUGUACUUCGCCACCGAGGCGCGGGCGGGCUGGAGCCACAGCGACCCCCGGCCCCUCUACUUCUGGGGUUACUUCGUGGGGCUCAACGGGGUGUGGGUGCUGGUGCCUGUCGCCCUCCUGGCCGACGCCUGCCGACACCUGACCGCCGCCCAGCGCGCCAUCGACCGCCCCCGCCACAAGGCCCACUGACAAGGCCCCUCCGUGACACCCGGACGCCUGGGUCCCAGGCAGGAGCCCCCUUUCCCAAGGGGUGAAUUCGUCCCCCGAGUCCCAUGGGGACAUGGCCCGGAUGCCUGGAUCCCCUCGGGAGGACGCUGGUGCCACCAAGAGCUCAGGGACAGCGGCCCGGAUGCCUGGGUCCCCUCUGGGGGGGGUUGCAGCGGGUCCCGCCCCUCACGAUGGGGGCCACGCGAUCGGUUUUAAUUAAUAAAGGAGGUAA